AUGUUUCGAGGAGGUUUGGUUAGGCAAUUUAGUUUGGCGAGACCGGCUUUGGCGAAGAACCGGUCUCGUGGACCGCCACGGAUCCAGGAUCUUGGCGGGACGAAACGAGACCAGGACACUUUGAGACUGGUAAUCAACAAGGUUCGAGAAGUUAGUCCUCAAGGGUUAGUGAAGGUGAUCAGAGACGGACAAAACCUCGGGGUUUUGCGUUUGAAAGACGCCGUUCAGCGUGUGGAUCUUUCUCAAGAGGGAUAUUUGUUUAUGGGGACCAGCAAGGACGAAAAAGGUGAGACUAUUGGGAUUCUGAAAGCCACUUCUCAACAACUUGCAAGAAAACAGCUUUCUGAUCAUCUCCAACAAGAGGUUGCCUUGGAGUUUCAGAAAAAGAAUCCCCGGAUGGCUGCCAAACAGCAGAAACAAGAGAGCAAACAAAGAGAGCCGGACGUGAAGUUUAUUCGAGUUUCGUGGCAGAUUACCUUGCACGAUUUGAAUGGCCAAAAAAGACACGAGAUAGAGACCCAGAUCAAGAAAGGUGACAGGGUCCGCAUAGAAAUAGACGACAAAGACAAUUUCGACAAGGAUGUGAGAACGAAAGGACACGCCAGUUCCUUGAGCGACUUGGAGCAUACAAAACGGAGCAAAAUCGAAACCAGCAUAGACGAGCUUCUCCAGACAGUUGGCGCAACUUUCCAAAAGGAAGGUAAACUUUAUGAUAAAAUAUCGUACGAGGUGAAACCAUCGGAAAAGAAGAAACUCAGCCAGGACGAGAAGAAACAGUUGAAACAACAAAAGAAGCUGGAAAAGCAGGAGAAACUGAGACUUCGUACAGAACUGAAAAAAUCCAAGCAGGGGUCUCAGCUACUAACUGUGGAUUAA